UAUUUAAGAUCCUAUAAUAUUCUAUUGCAGUAAGAAAGAAUAGGGAGUGAGAGAGCACAGGAUAAGGACAUGAUCUGUAGAAAGGUGCUUGCUCACCACCUUUCUGAAUUAUUAAAAAUAGCAGAUUAAGAUUCUUCUACCUAAUCAGACAUCCAUUACAAACCAUGGUCAGCACUCAGACUCAAGAGUGUAUGGAGCGAAUAUACUUGAUGGGCCGCCCUAAUCACGCGAAUGGCGAGGUCCGUGCUCGUGAUCAACUCUGGCAGCUCAUCGAUCAAGUAUGCCCUGUAUCAUCUGGGAAGAGUGGCUUCUUGCAUUUUCCAGGGCAGUGUGGAAGGCAUUGGAACUUCCAAGAGCUCCAUCUCCCACAAGAGCAUCUCCACUGCCCAAGAUCUAAAAAUCAUGGGAAAAUGUAUUGGAGACCACGAAGCUGGUCUCAAGAAAGUGAUGGAUUUGCUCCAGCAGCCGCAAAACGUUUGCGCUGUCGGGCACCGAGUCGUUCACGGCGGCGAGCAAUUUAGCAAACCAACGCAUAUAACUCAAGAGGUGAAGAAAGCAAUCGAGAGGGCUGUUCCUCUAGCUCCACUUCACAAUCCAGCAAACUUGGAGGGAAUUCGAGUUGCUGAGGAGCUCUUCCACUGCCCCCACGUAGCCGUCUUUGACACAGCCUUCCACUCCACCAUCCCCCGGCCGUCGUACACGUACGGAAUCCCCUGGAAGCUGUACGAAGAGCUGGGCGUACGGCGCUAUGGCUUCCACGGGACGAGCUACCAGUUUCUUCUUGGCGAGGCCUCCCGCGCCCUUGGAAGGCCAGCGCUGGAACUUAAUCUCAUCGCCUUCCAUCUCGGCGCUGGAGCGAGCAUGUGUGCGAUCAAGCACGGGCAAUCGAUCGACACAAGCAUGGGAAUGACUCCACUCGAAGGUUUAGUGAUGGCUACUCGGAGUGGCGACGUUGAUCCGGCGAUCUGGCCCUUCCUCGCAGCGCACAGAUCCAUGGGCUUGGCCGAGAUCGAUGCUUUGCUCAACAAGGAGAGUGGGAUCUACGGGCUUUGCGGAGACAAAGAUAUGAAAGAAGUUGUGCAAGCCGCGGAUAGUUCCGACAAGCACAGGCUAGCGCUGGAGGUGUACGUCCACCGUAUAAGGAAGUAUCUGGGAGCGUACAUGGUUGAUCUCGAGGGGAAAGUUGACGCGCUGGUGUUUAGCGGUGGCGUUGGCGAGAGGUCGGCUAAAAUCCGGUCCAUGGUUUGCGAGAGGCUGGAGGCUUUUGGAAUCCAGGUUGACGAGGAGAAAAAUGGUAAAAGCUUGAGAGAGAUCCACAAGGAUGGUUCGAGGAUCAAGGUUUUGGUGAUACCGACCGACGAGCAGCUUUGUAUUGCGCAGCAAACUCGCGAGGUUUUGGAGAGUUUGGAAGCUCCGGUUUGUGAGAAGAGUGGGGGAUAGGAUUCACUAGAAAACUUUGGAUGAGCUUGGUUGUAAAUAGAAUGGAUUGAUCGAGGUUAUAAGAGAACAAAAGUUAUCGCUA